UUUUAAAGGGGUUGAGUGACAGCGAGAAAGUGCGGAGAUUUGAAGCCCCAGAACGUGCUCUGAUGUGAGCAUGGGCGGUUUUUCCGUCUGCGUGCGUCCGGAGGAUCGGGGGCUCCGUGCAGACUCUGAAAAUAAGUCGACUGCAUGCGUGAACCUGUUUCCUCUGCUGGAGAACUGAACAGCGAUAUAAGCAUUUUUGUGAAUUCGCCACUUCCCCCCCCCUUUUCUUUCCUUUUUUAACUUGUUUGCAAAUAUCACCGGAAUGCGGUGGAGCAUCCAGGGGUAGGUGAUCCUCACCUUCUGGGCUGGAGAAGAGCCAGCAGGUCGGGCCAGGAUCGGCUGUUAAAAAGGAAAAUCAUAUCCUGAAGAACCCCCCCCCCCCCUCUCUGCGUGUCUCGCCGCGUGGGAUCGAACAAGAUGUGGGGACAAAGAGUGGAUCUAACCGACCCCGACACCAUCGCCCCAACGGUGGCCGGGACGACGGGACAAGAGAUGAGGGUUCAGGUUACUUCCUUCUAAAUGUCCCGUCUACCUUCAGAGAAAGGUGAGAGAGAGGCACACAAAAACUCCGACCCCCACCCGUGUCCGCCGACAUGGAUAAACUCACCGUGAUAUCAGGAUGCCUCUUCCUCGCCGCGGACAUCUUCGCCAUCGCCAGCAUCGCCAACCCGGACUGGAUCAACACCGGAGAAUCCGCCGAAACCCUCCAACCAAACAUCACAGCACCCUCCAGGCUUUGGGACACAAGAGGACAUCAGAUGACUUGCCAUCGGAUGGCUCUGUGACCGUGGGUCUGGUCCGGCAGUGCCAGACCAUCCACGGUCGGGACCGUACCUGCAUCCCGCCGCAGCUGCCCCCAGAGUGGAUCACCACGCUCUUCUUCAUCAUACUGGGCAUCGUCUCCCUCAGCGUCACCUGCGGUCUACUGGUGAUGUCACACUGGCACCGCGAUGCCACCCGAUGCGCCCGGUGGAUCGCCUUCACAGGGAUGGUCCUGUUCUGCAUGGCUGCUCUCAUAUUCCCAAUGGGCUUCUACAUCGACGAGGUUGGAGGACAGCCAUAUAAGCUGCCCAACAACACAGUGGUGGGCUCCUCCUACGUACUCUUCGUCCUGUCCAUAUUCUUCACCAUUGUGGGUCUGCUGUUUGCUGGGAAGGUCUGCUUGCCGGGCUGACAUACCCUCCUCCUCUUUUUUUUUUUUUUUUUGUAUCUUUUGAGAAACACCACCACUGGAGACAACAUUUAACGAGCACUGGCUCUGCUGUGCCAGGGUUGGAAGUAUCGCAGAAGUACAACAGAACUGAGAAGCACCCGAUUGUGUUUUUUUCCUUUUUGGAUGAACUAUCACGAUGCUUGUAACUAGAGCCGAAAUAGGUGCGAUCUAUCCGUCCAUCUGCUUGUUCAUUUAGUGAGCAGGUGCAGGAAGCUCAGAAAUGGCCCUCAUUUUCUUCCGUCCUGAACAGUGAGUGUGAAGUGGUGAGCAGACAGGAGAAUAUUAAAAAACAUGAUGAAAACGGGCCAUGCGGUAUUAUCCAUCAUCGUAAGACUUCACGACAGAUGACAAAUAAGCUUUGCUCUUCUCAUCCCGCCAACCAAGAUGCACAUGUCGAGAGAAGUCGGGCCUGACGCUGGCCAAAGCGCCAAAUAUCGCCCAGUCACCUCCAUAACGAUGGAGGUUCUUCCCUGACCGAGGCCACAUGGAACAAUCUGUAAUAUAUACAAUGAAGUUUCAUUUUCUUGGCACAUUUUAUUUAUUUGUUUAAUUGUUCAGUUACGUCUCUUGUAAAGGUAUCUUUUAUUAUGAGGCCUAAUGUAUCCCAGAGUUUCCCUGCCGUUAAUGUGUUUGGUGGAUCACUUUGCCUUAAAGAGCUGUUAACCUUAAAAUAACUACUAUAUUGUUGAGGAGUUCUAGAUGAAGUUUUUAGUUUCAUGGGAUCAAAUCUGAAAUUCUGCACAUGUGAAACUAGGAUAUAAAAUGGGCUAAUGAGCAUGAUGUGUCUAAAAGGAUUGGUGUUGGUCAACAUUCAAAACCCUGUCAGUCAAACUUUUUUCUCAUGUGGAACUAAACUAAAGCUUCAACAGUUAGGAUCAGCGGUGAGCACCAGAGAAAGACUGUCUACAACAGGUCUCUCUGUUACAGCUUUGCUAUUUUUAGUGAUGUAGUGAAUGUAUUAUUCACCGUAAUGAGCAUUUCCUGUUGUUUAAACACUGUAUCAAGAAAUGACUGAAUCUAUGACGAGUUUGUUUUAUACAGCUGGGACAUUGAUGCCUACUUCAUGUCUGCAUAAAUGGACAGCCAGUCUGUGUCAUUUUUCUAGAAGCACUGUGAUGUUCGUGAAUGAGCAUGGGAGAUCUCAUCUCAUUAAAAAUGACUCAUUGGAGCACCGAUUGUCUCACCAAUUUGUUUUAACAAGGUAUUUGUCUUGAAAAAUCGUAAUGCUG